GGUGAGAUGAAAAUCAACGCACAAUUGGAAGAAAUUACGCUUGAUGUUAACAAUGUUGUUUAAUUUAUUUGCCUCGAUAGAUCUAGAAUUGUCGUCAUUGUACGGAACAAUUAAAUCAUAAGAUCAAUACAAUGGCAGCCUUGGAUGCCACAACAGCACUGCGGCAAAGCGUGAAAGAUUGCAUCAAGAAGCUCGAGGAUUCCGUUUUACAGAUAAGCUCGCAAAUACAGAAUGUGAACAGUGCCAUCAGUAGCGUUAAGACUAGUAGCAUGAAUGCCAGAAAGGUCAUUGAAGAUCAUUUUAAAAUGGCAAAGAAAGAGAUUGUUUCUGCUUUAGAGACAAGAAUGGUUAACCUACUAGAAACAAUAAAAGAAAUCGAAACAGAAGAUCUUGGACCAAUGACCAACCUAAAGAAAAUGCUCGACACUGAUUUAGCAACAACCAAGAGAUGCAUUACUGAAGCCCAUGAAAUACUUGAACAAGAUGAUGUUAUAGUUAUGAGAAACGAGAAAGAUAUUAAGAAAAAACUGCAACCUCUACAGAAAAGUUACCCUGAUAUGCCUUGCGUUGCACAAAAUCUAUCUGUGAACGUUGAAGAGUCUGAAAUGAAUAAUAUCAUUGAAUCAAUUCAAAGCCUUGGUGAAGUUCGAAUGCUGGGCUCAUUACAAAUCAUCGAGCUUCAAGAACAAGCUGGGGGCAUUCUUGUUCAAUGGGAUGAGACAUUAGUUGAAAGUGAUUCAUACACAGAAGGUAGCACGGCUGUACAAGAGUACAUGUUACAAUACUGUCAAGCUGACAACAAGAUCAACACGGAUGAUGUUUUCAACACAAUAUACCAAGGAGAACAAAUGUCCUAUCUUGUCAAAGACAUAGAGCCCCAUGUCACCUACACAUUCCGUGUAUGUGGGAGGUCUGGGAACAAGGAAAAAUGGGGUCCAUGGAGUGCAUGCAAGAAUGGAGUGACUUCAUUGGAGCCUCACGAAUGGUCCUUAAAAGAUUGUAAAAAUGAGAAGAAUAUUUUCAUUUAUCAACUGAGCAAUGACAGGCGUACAGCAACUAAAGUCUUCCCAGAAAGCUCUUGGGUGUUACGUUCUCGUUCCAUGAGCUAUAUCAUUGGUAACACAAUAAGUUUUAUGGUGGAAGAAACGGGCGAGCAAUCAGCAAGUGAUGUUAUUGGUCUGGUGACACAAUAUUGGAAAAUAGAUAACAAACAAGCAUUGAUAGGACCUGAAUGUGUGGGAUUAAAUUCAAAAGGAAUCAUUCAUGUGAACGGUAUUGACAUGACAACACGUUUACCACCAUUUAAACGUGGAACAGUGUCAUUUGAAGCACACAAGGUUGCAAUGCCUAACAAAUUACGUGUUUCUGUCAGUGUCGACAAUAAAGAAGUUACAUUAGAUUGGACUUUGCAAAAUGAAGUUGAAAAACUGUUUUUUGCUAUUUGUUUCGGACAAUCCGGUUGGCAGGUUACAAUAGCAUGAUUUUAUAAUCCAAAAACGUAUAUCUAGAUGUAGUUAGGAAUUUAUGAGAGUCUUUAAUAUUUAAUAGCUGAUUUUAUGUAUAAUAAUAAAGAUAAAGUACAAAUAAAUUCUACUAACUACUUA